AUGCGGAGGCACCACGCGCCAUGGCGGGUGCUGGUGCUGUGUUUGAGUUUCAGUGUGCAGCGGCUGCCGACAAUGGCAGUAGAUUGCAUUCCAGCGGUGGUAAUACUUUCGUGGUAUUUCAGUGCGUUAGCUGCAAGCACCUCUGAAACCACAGCUGGUGAUGAUGAAGCACUUCCAAGCACGUCACAAGCUUCGGGACGAAUCGCAUCGUCGCCUCGCUCCCCUGACACAGACAGCCCCUUAAGUGGUGAUGCCAGGUCAGACUCAAAAGGUGACGGUGGCGUUCAGUCGCAGGAGGAGGCGAGGCGAGAGCUGGAUCAAAUCAUGACUAAGGUGAACAGACUCCAAUCGGCGAAAUAUGUCGAACGGCUAAUUGUGGAUCACAAGCGUAAUCGCUGGGCAACAUUAGAUUCAUACCUGCGAAUGCAACGAAAGGGUGGCGCCGCGUCUAUGACUCCUGAGGAGGUGGCGAUGUUCUCGGAGAGGUAUGAAGAGCUGAGGGGCGCUAAGCAGCAGGAAAUAGGGGAGCGCAGAGCGAAGCUAUCCGAGCUUACUAUGGAAAUCAAACACCUGAAGCUGAAGAUGCGCACGAUUUUGCGCAGAGUUCCUGAACUCCGCCGUGUUGUCGACUUCCGCAGGCGCCAGUGGCUUCCCACCGACCCAGGGAACCCAGGAGACGUCGGCCUAUCAGGGAUGUCAACGCCGGUAACGGGUUCUGGUACGUUGCCUGAGACUAGAGAAGAGCUGGAAGAUCUAGUCACUCAACAGAGGCGCGUAGUAAAGAACUAUUUAACACUGACGGCACAACGGCGAAAACGUCUCCGAAAAAUGAUCCAACACAAAGAAGGACUGCUACAGGAACAAAGUGCUAGCGCUUCAGAAAAGCCCGACGAAGGAAUGAAGAACCAAGCGGCCGAGUUACAGGCAGCAGAGAGUGAUCAACGUCGCAUGGAGGCGGACGUGAGUAAUGCGGAAGAACUACUGCGAUCCGCUCGAGAGGUCCUGAAAACUUACCAACAGAAGCUGCGUGAAAUGAAACGCAGACCACAACGGCGACGGAAUCCGUUGCGUUCUGUCAAACGCAGCCCGCUCAUCACGGGUCCGUCGGUGACGGCCGAGGCUCAGUCAACAUCAGACACGAAUGUGUCUGACGCCGGGGAAGGCGGCAGCAAUGCUGGUUCGACAGGCAUUACAGGCAACGUCCGUGGCGACGUCCGUACGGCCCCACAAAGGGGCGCGUCAGAGGGAAGGCUGGCUUCAGACACCUCGGCAGCCACUCCAACACCGAGGGAGCCUCGCCCGAGUCAAAGCGGUAGACGGAAGCGAAAGGGGCAAGGUGAGAGAGAUGUCCCUCUUACUGGAAUUCUGUUGAAAGGAAACGGUACUCGGUGCCACUCUGGAAGAGCCCCAGUAGAUGGUCUUGGAUUCUCUGGCGUGAAGAGUGAGCACACGUGUUGA